AUGUUGAUUUUAUUAGCAUUUGCUCUCUGUGUCUUUGAUAUUUCAGAAUCCACCACAGUUGAAUUCUUGACCUAUCCUUCUUGUCGUCUUAAUACCAAUUGGUGUUUUGUUUUUUUCUUACUGGAAUAUGACGCAGGGUGAGUGACAAGUCAAAUAUCAAACAAUAAAAAUAAGAAUUUUCAGAUUGCCCCCUAACUAUGAUAAUGUUUUCGUAUCAAAUAGAAUUUGUUCACCGUAUAAAAAAACAAGUAGUGUAAUACAAAAAGUUGAGAUGCCUUCUGAUGGAUUGCCAUUAUCAUUCACGCAUCAUGAAUUAGUUCUAGGUUUUCGACAUAAUUGUACAGAGACUGGAAAAAUUCAUGAUUUUGUUGCCUAUGAGAAAAAUGUGCCAAUUAGCGAAAAAAAGUUCAAUUUUUCAGUUCAUCCAGAUUUUACCGGACAAGGAAUGCAUUAUGAGGAUGAUAAGGAACGAGCUUGGAAAAGAACAGUGUUUCAGAAUAUACAAAUUGAAGAUUUAGAGGAGGGCAUCUUUCAGUAUGAGAAUAUUAAGUUAGGAGCAUGGAAAUAAUUUUCGCGUGAUUUUUAAAAAUACAUUUCAUGACAAGAGAAUAAAAAUGAAAUUGCAAAUUUAUGUGUUUUUACAGUAGUCACAUUGAUUUUGAUGCUGAAUUUUAUGCUCGAAGUGGUCAGAAAUACGUUUGACAAACAAUUUCAUCGUUGGUCCCAACAAAACUGCAUUUUUUUAAAGAAAACCAAAUUUGAGGAAUUUUCUAAAUUUCAGCGAGAAAAUUUCAUAUUAUCUUUCUGAUCUUUCAAAAAACGCAUUGUUCAUCCAUAGAAGAACAAUUUUUUGGAAAACAAAUUCGCUUGAAAAUUUUCAUCAAAAAAUCAUAAGGGUCCCCCCUUAUCUCAAAAAUAAAAAAUUUCCGAAUUCCCAAAAAAUGAUCAUCACCACGUCAUCCGGAACCCUUAAAAACCCUAACACUAACUUUUUAGCAACUAAUAUUACCUAUUUUUGGAAAAAAUUUUGAUUUAAAAUUUUCAUCAAAAAAUCAUAAGGGUCCCCCCUUAUCUCAAAAAUAAAAUUUUUCGAAUUCUCAAAAAAUGAUUAUCACCACGUUCUCCAGGACCCUCGAAAACCUUAAAAACAAAUUUUCAGCAAAAAAUAUGCAGUAGUUUCGAUUUUCCAAAAUUCCACGUGGCAAAAGUACGUGAAAAACACGUUUUCACGUAAAAUGAAUAUGCUCACGUGAUUCGCCAUACCCGAUAACCUAUGAGUCCAUAUAUUUAUUAUAACUCAACUCCACUUUGAAAAAUGUCGAAAAAAAUAUUUUCAAUUUUAAAGGGACAUUGAUUUAUCAAGCAGGUCUCGUUAUGUACAGUAUGAUUCGCAGGCAAAUGUCACGAAAUCAAGGCCUAAAAUAAUUUUUCUCCUAAAUUUUUCAUUUUUCCCUUUUUUUAACCUAUUCUAUUUCAUCUUAAACUCAACCUUUUUUCACUCAAAAAUAUACCAUUUUGUAGCUCUUUUCGAGAUCUUUAAGCUCUUUUUACUCUCAUUUAACCUAUCUCUUUCUGAAAUGCUCAAAAUUGAGCUCAAAGUCAGACGCUUAAAAUUACCUAAUUUCAGCCUAAAAUUAAUUUUUUUCGAUCUAAAAAAUGUCUAGUAAGUUGUGUUUGAGUUUUUCAUAGCUUUUUUUGUUGUUUCUACUUUAUUUCUGACACUUUUUUGUUUGAUUUUCGCCGUUUUUUAUCGUUUUCACUUCAAAAAAUUGUGUUUUUCAGCUUUUUUCUGUCGGAAUGUUUGUGAAAAUGUUGAAGAUGUUUGGUUGCUGUCGCAACAAGAAAAAAGAAGCACCAAAGCCGCAAUUGAAUGCUCUGAAUCUCAAGCAACAGCAACAACAACCGGUGAAACCAGCCAAACCAACGAAUGCUGAUGCAUCAUUCACUGGCCAAUCUACCGAAUCAAUUGGGUGUUGGCUUCAUGGAUCUGAUAGGGUGAGUUGAGAAUUUGUCUAGAGUUACUGUAGAUUUUAGCGCAUAAAAUUGCCCAAUUUUGAGAUUAAAAUGCCUAGAUUUACUGUAGAAACCUAAAAAUCAACAAUAUUUUUCCAGGCUGGCUCCCCUCAAGAAGUCACCCCUCUUGCUGUUGUAGCUAUUGAGGAUGAGGAACUUGGUGUUGAGCCAACUCAACGCGACGAAUAG